GUGCAUGUGGUAUUUUUGUAAAUAUUUGUAUGUGGACUGUAUAAAUGUUUAAUGGGCCGGCCCAAAGUAUUUUUGUAAUUUUUUUUCCUUUUUUGUAUUUUUUUGUUUUUUUCCCCAAAAAAAAAAGUAUUCUUCAAUUUUUCAUUUCCAUUUCUUUCAAAUAAAUGAAAUUUAUUAUGAAUUAAAUAUUUUAAGUCUCCAUUUAUGUUUCCGUGGCGGGAAAAAUAAGACUUAUAAGUUAACUCUCCAUUUCUUCUAAUUCUCCAUUGACUUGUCUCUCCUGAUAAAUGCCAAGCCAAGCACAUUGCUUUUCCUUCCUAUUCUCUCCAUAUCUUUCCUCAAUUUCACUAAAAAAAACCCUAAAUUCUCUCUCUGCCGCCAUUUUUCACUCUCGUCGUUAAAGUUUCGCUUCAGUAUUUUGGGUAUUUAGUCUAAGAUUGAAUCGUUUAGAAUGUUGCAAUGGAUGGGAGGAUCGAGGAGGAAAGUCACUACUUCGAGGAGAUCCACACAGAAAAGGCAAAAGCAAUACUUUGAACAAAGGAAACGACAACAGCAGUGUCAACCACAAACAGAGAGGUGUGAGACCUAUGCUGAUGAAAUGGACAUAUCCGGACAACAGCAGAAAGAACAUCGAUCGCUGGACAUACUCAGUAUUUUGAACUUGUCAGAAAAUGCUAAAGAAAGGAAAUCUGGUUGUUUAAGUGGAAGAAAAAAUCCAGAUGUGAAUGCUUCAACAAGGGAGUAUAAUAUCACCAAUGAUUCACCUGUAAUCCUUCCUGACAGAGCUGUACUUGCCAACCUUGUUGGAAUUAAUGAACAGUCGAUUCCAUCAGGGUUUCACAUGGAGACAUCAUCCCUAAAGAAUCACAGGAUUUCCCCUAGUGCUCCUGAUAGUCAUAACAAUGCCCUCAAUGGAGUUGAUUGUAAACGUGAUCAGCGAACAUCAGCUACAGAGCAAGAGAUGUCUGUUCUUGAUUUGCUUGGUGAUGAUGGGCUGAAUGGCAAUGUUGUAGAAAAUCCAGGACAUGAAGCUCAUGUUGCGUUUUCAAUUGAAGGUUUGGGUAAAGUAGGAGCGGAAACACCAGUCCAUUCACCUCAACAAUCCAGCAGAACCUUUUCCUAUGGUAUCUCCUCUCCUCUGAAAGCUGCAGGGCGGCAGAAGUCAUCUAGAAAAUUUAACUCUCAGAUAGAUGACCUUGAAUUUGAGGAUGCAAUGUUGGAUGGUCUUAAUGAUCCCCUGAGUAAUAUUGAGUUUUCUACAAAUAUUAUGGACUCAAUAAACAGUCCAGAUAAUGAUUCUUUUACUGUCAGAGAUAGUUGGCAACAGGAUAAUUGCAGUAGUAAAAGAAAUAGUGCCUUUGGUCAUGACAAUGAAGAUAAAUGGACUGGUAGGCCUACCUUUUCACACCACAGGUUCUUUGAUGAGAGAGAGCAUGAUACGUCAAGAAAAACCUGGCAAAGUCAAAUUCACGACAGUUCUGCUGACCAUUUUCUAUAUAGAAAUUCAGAGAAUGACAUGUCAGAUUUCUCUUUCGAAGGCCUUCACCAACCUAUGAGGGCUGGUGACAGAAUCUCGAGCAAGUUUGAUUUAUUAGAUUCAACAUUUUCAUAUGCUCGGCAUCCAACUGCAGAAUAUGACCACGAUUACUAUAUGUCCAACUGGGAUAGGGCCCCAACUGUAGAAAACAUCUUGGAUUUCAAACCAGAAACAAGCCCACCAGAUCGGUUUUGCUUUACGACAGAGGAUGCAAUUGAUAAUUCGAGCUUGCAGAGUGAAGAAUCAUGCUCAUCAAGUGCAGUGAGGUAUCAGGCAACUGGUAAUUUCCUAUCAAACUCAUCAAGACAGGGCAGGAGAAGACAAUGCAAUGUUUUUGCUGGAUCCGGCGAUAAGCAUGCUUUUAAGAAGGCAUUUGCCAAUGUAAACAAGGAUGAUAUCCAACAAGAAAAUAUGGCAAGUGGCUCUGCAAAGCGCAUAAAUAUGAUAAAUAAUUUGAGGUCAAAACCAUCAUAUCCCUCAAGCUUUCAGAGAAGUUUUGGAGCAGAAGAUAUUUCGUUCUUCGAGGGAGCACAUACUACAAUUGAUAUGAAUCCAGGCUCAGACUCUUUCAAUCAAAAUUUAGGAACAAAAAAUAAUAGCUUUCACUCUGAUUUUUUGGACGAAGACCCUUUCUGUAAAUUUCCUACCCCAAAAUUACAUGGUGGUUCUAACCCUUCUUGUGAUAGAUUUAACUGCGAUUCAGCUGAAUGUUCACCUCCUGAGCUUUUCAUCCCCAAGAUUCCUCUGCAUGCUUCCUCAAUGAAUGUGGAGCCAGAUAUUCAUGUAGAUUGUGAAUUGAGGAGGAGGCCUCAGGAUUCAUCUUCUAUAGCUGGUUCUCAGGGUGAGACGCCAUCUCCUGAUUUAUCAGCGCAAGAAAGCUUUAGUAAGGAUGUUGAAUAUAAACCGAAAUUUGAACCAUCCAACUGUGGACCAUCUGAGCUGGAGGAAGAAUUUUGUAUUAGGAAUGGGGAUUUGGUCUGCAAGGACAAGAAGGCUAAAGAUGCUUCACAUACAAAGGACAAUGAUCACAAGGAUAGGAAGGAAAGUUUGCCUGAUCUUGAGGAGACAUCACGAUCCGUUGAUAUCACUGAUAAAAUUGGGAGUCCAGAAUAUGAUGAGGAUGAUCGUGCUGAUAAAACUCCUCAUUCAUAUAAAAACAUGAAAGAAGAAGUAGAGGAUUUUGGGUGUGAAGGAAGGUUUGGUUAUAAACAAAAGAGCGGUUAUGUGGAUUCAUCUUGUCAAAAAAUGAUGUUUCAAAGCUAUGUUUUCCAGUUCUUUUGUGUGCAUAAAAGGUUGAUGUAGGCAAAGGCAUCUACUCCCGUGAAGAUGGCUUGUGAACACUUACGUUGCAUUCUAGACAUGAUUUCAUUUUGUUUAAAGCAGUGGAAGUUUGAUUUUUUUCUACACAAAUGGGUUCAGGUGAGGCCUCUUCCAAUGGCGAAGGAAGAAAAGAAUAAUCUAGUAAUGAACAAUAUUAAACUCAUUUCAGGUCUGAAACUUUCCUUGAUGACUAGUGUUAUUGCGUUUUAUAUAUUCCUGACUGAAUGUGUGCUAGAAUUAUUUAUACAGUAUCUAAUAUCUAUAACUAUAUUAGAGAGAACAAGAUGACGAAUUAAAAUCUUAGAUUAGGUUAAUGAUAACUUAAAAAAUAUUGCCCUAGAAGAAAAUGAAAUUCUAUUAGGUGAUCGAUUAUUACAUUUGCUUAAUUUUUUGUUCUUUUGUUUUGUGUGUGAAAUAGUAGUUACAUAUGAACACAUUCAUAUCUAAUGUAAAGGUGCAUCUCUUGUAUUAAUAUUUCUUUGUCACAUGAGAAGAUUUGUUUGGUGAA